AUGGGUGGCGCCUGGGGGCGGGGCCCGAUGCCGGCCCCGCCCGCAGACCCUCAGCAGCAGCAGCAGCAGCAGCAGCAGCAGCAGCAGCAGCAGCAGCAGCAAGUGCUUUAUUUCUGCACAGAGAUGCAGUGGGUCUCCCAGAAGGGGGAGAUGGACUGCGGGCUUGCAUGCGCUUUAAUGAUAUUAAGGUCGCUGCAUGCUUCGGGCUGCUGCCCCCAGCCCCCCUUUCUCUUGUCUCCUGCAGCAGCAGAUUUGUCUCCCCGCAGCAGCACAGACAGCGACAGCAGCAGCUGCAGCUGCAGCAGCUGCAGCAGCUGCAGCAGCUGCAGCAGCAGCAGCAGCCCCGCCUCAAGGGGCCCCCGAAGGGGGCCCCCGAAGGGGCACCCGAAGGGGCCCCAGAGGGGGCCCCCAGCGGGCCUGGACAGUGCCGUGGGGGCCCCCUCAUCGGGGGCCUCGGAGGCCAGCGAGCCUGCUGCAGCAGGAGACUCCCCGCCUGCUGCUGCUGCUGCUGCUGCUGCUGCUGCUGCUGCUGAGAGCGCAGCAGCAGGCGCUGCGGAGCCGCCCAGCUGCUGCUGCUGCAGCUGCGGGGGGGAGGGGGGCCCCCGGGGCCCCCGGGGGGCCCCCCGCUGCAGCGCGGAGAGGGGCCCCUUCGGGCCGCUGCUGAGGGGGGCCCCCCAGCCUGCAUGCAGGCGGCAGGCGCUGCUGCUGCUGCAGCAGCUCGCCCGCGGGGGCUGGACUGUCGAUUUGCUGCUGCUGCUGCAGCACUUGCCCUGCGGCUUCGCCACGCUCUGCACUGGAGUCGACCCCCGCCACGCAGACAAGCCCUUUUACAAAUCCUUUUCCGACGCGCCUCAAGCCUUCGACAAAGAGGCCAAAAGAGUAGCAGCAAACUUCAAAAAAGCCCAAAAGAUUGGACUUCAGAUCCAGAAAAGAAGAGUCUCGAGGGCCCAACUGGCCCACGAGCUGCUGCAGGGAAGAGUGGCUGUUGUGCUGCUGGACGGGGGCCGUUUGGGGGCGCGGGAGCUGCGCGCAGUGCCCCGCACCCAGUACGAUGGCCACUUUGUGCUGGUGUGUGGAGUGGCCCUGUCUCUUUCUGCUGCUGCUGCUGCAGCUCUCUUACAGCAGCAGCAGCAGCAGCAGCAGCAGGAGGGAGGUGCUGCUGCUGCUGCUGCUGCUGCCGCUGCAGCUGCUGCAGCUUCUCCCACCGGCCCUCCAAAGCGCCCGCGACCCUCGCCGUCCACGCCGUCCCCAGCAGCAGCACCAGCAGCAGCAGCAGCAGCUGCUGCUGCUGCUGCUGCUGCUGCUGCUGUGUCUCCUGAGUCAGUUAAAUAUCUUUUUCAAGAAGGAGUGAGGCCUUGUCAAGUUUUGUCUUUUCUUUUAAGAGACCCUUUGCGUCCCCAGGCCUUCUGGAUAGCCCCAGAGCGCCUCGAUGCAUGCAGAGACGCAGACGGAACAGACAAUGAUUUGCUUGUUGCCCAAAUGCCCCAAACCCUACACAGAGCUUGGCUAGCAGGGGGCCCCCCAACUGCCUACAAAGGGGGGCCCCCCAAGGUCUUCUAG